AUGACAGCACAGGAGGCUGACACCCUACACUCACUACAGGGUUAUGAUUUAGUAGCAGUAGACUGCGUGUGUGUGUGUGUGUGUGUGUGUGUGUGUGUGUGCCUGUGUGUGUGGCUCGAGAGAGAAAGGGAGCCACUUAAAUCCCUUUCUUAUUAACUCUCUGUGACACAUGAUCCACCAGGCAGGCUGGCUUGCACUCACACACACACACACACACACACACACACACACACACACACACACACACACUGCUUAAAACCAAGGCUCGUUUUACUGCUGGAAAAUGGUGUGUGUGUGUGUGUGUGUGUCUCUGGGCCCUUUGGGUCUGCUGCUAUCUGGACCAUCUGUCUGUCUGUGGCACUAAGAGAAACGUCUGCCUGGGUAGGUAGACUAGUGAUCUUCAAUGGAGCUCAAUGGGGCCACUUUAUAGUCAUCUGCUAGGGCUAUAUUCGGUCUUUCGGAUGGGACGUUCAAUGGAUAUUCUGAUUCUCUGUAAAUACUAAAGAUCCCAUGGCACUUAUCGUAAGAGUAGGGGUGUUAACCCCGGUGGCCUGGCUAAAUUCCCAAUCUGGCCCUCAUACCAUCAUGGCCACUUAAUUAUACCCAACUUCCAAUUGGCUCAUUCAUCCCCCCUCCUUCCUCUCCCCUGUAACUCUUCCCCAGGUCGUUGCUGUAACAGAGAAUGUCUUCUCAGUCAACUUAUCUGGUAAAAGGGUAAAAAAUGAUAAUAAUCUGGACAUGCAUAGUUAUAGUAUAGUUAAUGUAGAUGAAGUCUAUGAGCAGCCAGUUAGGGAAUGCAGGGCACAGGGGUUAACAACCCCUACACUAGCAACAAGUGCCAUGGGAUCUAGUGACCACAGUGGGUCAAGAACUCAGUUUAACAUCUCAUCCCAAUGACAGUUAGAGUUUGGCGUAGACUUGAGCAGUCUUUUUUAUUUUUGCCUUAGCAUCACCAACACACUUGAUUUAACUAAUCAACUCAUUAUCAAGCCUUUGAUCAGAAUCAGGUGUGUUAGUGCCAGGGCAAAAACGAAAAUGUGCAGCCCCUUGGGUCCCCAGGACCAGGAGUGAAAACCACUGGACUAGAGAAAGUAGUUUAAUUGUGGUUACUAAGUAGCUAAGUAACCCAACCUGGAGAGGAGAGGAGAGGAGAGGAGAGGAGAGGAGAGGAGAGGAGAGGAGAGGAGAGGAGAGGAGAGGAGAGGAGAGGAGAGGAGAGAGAGGGAGGAGAGGAGAGGAGAGUUGGUGGUGGCUUGGAAUCUUUUCCAGAAUGCCAUUCUCCACCAUUCUCACUCAUAAUCUUUUAGAGGUUCUGUUGCCUAUUCCAUGGAAUUGAAUUAGAACAUGUUUUAUGCGCUACAUAUUCUACCAAUGGGGUCUACUUACAGUAACGUAUCCAUCUUAAUGGGUCCUAAGAGGAAUGAGCUAAUGGACACAUGGCCAUUAUUAUUAGUCACUGUACACUCUCUUGCUAAUGGAUAUGGCCAAUUAUAUGUUGAGUAAAUCUCCCUCUUUCUCUCCUUUGGUUUUGUAUAUACUGUAUGUAUAAUAACAUCUCUCCCUCCUCCCUCUCCCUCCCCUCUCCCUCUCCCUCUCCCUCUCCCUCUCCCUCUCCCUCUCCCUCUCCCUCUCCCUCUCCCUCUCCCUCUGUCUCCCUCCGACUCCCUCAGUUUCAGUGAAGCUGCGGAUCAUGUCUCAGAAGAAGAUAUUCCUGGUCAUUGUGGCGAUCAGUACCGUCAGUCUACUGCUGCACCGUGGGGGCCACUUCAGCUGGUGAGACACACACACACGGUCAGGUGUAAGAUAUGCAUGUACAGAAGUAUGAUAUGUAUUUACUGUAGAUGGCAGCUACAUUAGAAUGGUGUUCUCACUUAUAGAAUGACAGGGUUGUUCUAGAGUGUUGGGACCAGGGCCGUUGGGGUCGGGCUUCAUCACCCGGCGCACUGUCCCCGUGUGUGUCCGGGUGGCGGGGGGGGGAGGUGCGGGGGGGGGGGGGGGGCUAUGGGAGGAUAUAAUUUUCUUCGCUGUCCUAUUACCCUCUCCCCUCCCUUUCCAUUUCCUUUCACUCUGUUCUCUCAUUCUCCCUACCUUUUCUCUCCUUUUCACUUUGACUCUCCUCCCUUUUAUGCUUCCUGUUACUCACUCUCCAUUACGCUAACUCCGUCCCUGCAUGUAACAAAUAAACCAAGUGCAAGCUUACUAGACCUAAGCUUGAGUUAUUGCUAUUUGGUCAGCUAGCUAUCUGUACAGCUAGGAACCAGUUCAGUUUUCACUCUUCCGUCAGUUCACUCUUGACUUUUGUCAGAAAGAUCCCACCCUCUCUGCUAGCUAUGUUGACUUGCUAGCUCAGGAGUUAGCUAAGCUAAAACUAAAGAUUGAACUACAAACCCUGUAACAAAACUCCACCCUCUCUUUCUUUCUCUCUCCUCCAGGACGAUGGAAGCCCUUCACCUGGGCUGUCCGUCGCUGCGCACCCACCCAUCCUUCUCUCUCAAGCCCAAACACACCAACGUGGCCUUUCUCAAGACGCACAAGACGGCCAGCACCACCAUGCAGAAUCUGCUCUUCCGCUUUGCCGAGCGUCACAACCUGACCGUGGCGCUCCCGGUGCAGGCCUGCGGACACCAGUUCUGCUACCCACGCACCUUCAGCACCCACCUCGUCCACCCGCACACCCUGCCACCCAACGUGGUCACCAGCCACAUGCGCUUCAACCGUGCCGAGAUGCAGCGCCUCAUGCCCAAUGAUACCAUUUACGUGACCAUACUUCGAGAACCAGGGUCCAUGUUUGAAUCGUUGUUCAGCUACUAUAACCAGUACUGUCAGAGUUUUAAGAGAGUUCCCAACGGGUCUCUGGAGGCGUUUCUGGAUGAGCCGUGGCGGUACUACCGUCCGGACGAGAAUGACUCCAUGUAUGCCCGUAACACUCUGACUUUUGACCUGGGUGGGGACAAGGACCGUCCAGAGGCGGACGUGGCUGCGUACGCCCGGGCCUUCGUGGCCGAGACGGAGCGCGUCUUCUCCCUGGUGAUGAUCGCUGAGUACUUUGACGAGUCGCUGGUUCUCCUCCGUCACCUCCUCUCCUGGGAUCUGGAAGACAUGCUCUAUGUCAAGCUCAACAUGCGGACGUCCGGCUCCAAGCACAGCCUCUCGCCAGGCCUCCCCGCCAAGAUCCGCGCCUGGAACGCCCUGGAUGCACGCCUCUAUGACCACUUCAACGACUCGCUGUGGCGCCAGCUGGCAGCCCUGGGUCCAGCGUGCGUGGCCAGGGAUUUGCGGCUGCUCCGCAGGGCCCAGGAGAGGCUGGUGAGGGGCUGCUUCGGCGGACGGCUCCCCCAGCUCCGCUCGGCCGCCCAGAUCAAGAACAAGGAGCUGCGGCCGUGGCAGCCCAGCGCAAAGGUGGACAUCGUGGGCUACGACCUGCCGACCAACACCAACGCCACACGGCCCGGAAGCCUGGCCCACGAGCUGUGUCUGAAGCUCAUCAUGCCCGAGGUCCAGUACACUAGGGUCCUGCUACGAUCGCAGUCGCUACGCUACCGACGAAGCUACCCCCUCCGCUCCCCUCAGCCCCAGCAGCCCAUACGGUCGGUACUAUCACGCCACCAAUAUGUGGGGAUGCAGCAGAUGCACCGGCAGGCCCCUCCUCUAGGACCUGGUCCUGCCUCGAGCCCCACAGCAACCCCUCGACCCCCAAUGACCCAGAGCAGGGCCACCAAGGUGGGACUAAGGCCCUCGGGCCCCCAGAGGCAGACACCAUAA